UUCACCCAACCCGCCCGCCCCGCAGCGCCCAGAGCGGCGCGGCAGCGGCGAGGAGACAGGGGGAGAGGGCGCAGUGAGGUGUGACAGGAACCGGACCAGGGAGGGAGAGGAGAGGCGGCAGCACCAUGUCACUGCUCCACUGACUGAAGAACCGUGGGGUGUCUCUGCCACUCAUCUCCAUCUCUCUCUCUCUCUUUCUCUCUCUCUCUCUCACACACACACACACGCACGCACGCACACACACACGCGCCGAUGAGAGGAUGCCCCACCGCCGCCGCCGCUGACCAGGUGUUGCACCACAGACGGACACCGGGGACGCGGUUGCCGUGGACGUGACGGGAGAUCAACUUGUUCGUGUGCAUGUGCCGUGCGCCCUCGUCCCGGCCGAGAAGAUGCUGAGCCGACUGAUGAGCAGCAGCAUCCGGAGUCUGGACAGGGAGUACGACUGCACCGUGAGGCUGCUGGACGACUCGGAGUACACCUGCACGAUCCAGCGGGAUGCCAAGGGACAGUACCUGUUUGACCUAAUUUGCCAUCAUCUCAACCUGCUCGAGAAAGAUUACUUUGGCAUUAGAUAUGUUGACCCAGACAAGCAGAGGCACUGGUUGGAGUUUUCAAAGUCAAUUGCCAAACAAAUGAAAUCCCAGCCUCCAUUCACUAUGUGUUUGCGUGUCAAGUUUUACCCCCCCGACCCUGCUGCCCUGAGAGAGGAAAUCACCAGAUAUCUCGUCUUCCUGCAGGUUAAGAGGGAUCUGUACCACGGUCGCCUGCUGUGCAAGACGUCAGACGCUGCUCUGCUGGCUGCCUACAUAUUACAAGCUGAAAUUGGUGACUACGACCCCGGGAAACACCCAGAGGGCUACAGCUCCAAGUUCCAGUUCUUCCCCAAGCACUCAGAGAAGCUGGAGCGGCGGAUUGCUGACAUCCACAAGACUGAGCUGAUAGGUCAGAGUCCCGAAACGUCAGAGCUCAACUUCCUCCAGAAGGCUCAGAUGCUGGAGACAUAUGGAGUGGACCCUCAUCCAUGCAAGGAUGUGUCUGGCAACCCUGCGUUUCUGGCUUUCACUCCUUUUGGAUUCACUGUGCUGCAAGGAAACAGGAGGGUCCAUUUACUCAAUUGGGAGGAGGUGACCAAACUCAAGUUCGAAGCAAAGACAUUCCACAUAUAUGCAAAUCAGAAGGAGGAUAAGAAGAUCAUACUGACUUACUUUGCACCGACACCUGAGGCCUGUAAGCAUCUGUGGAAGUGUGGAGUCGAGAAUCAGGCCUUCUUCAAGCUGGAGAAGUCGAGUCAAGUCCGAACUGUGUCCAGUAGUAAUCUCUUCUUCAAGGGGAGUCGCUUCAGAUACAGUGGAAAAGUUGCAAAGGAAGUAAUGGAACAAAGUGCCAAAAUUAAAAGAGACCCUCCUGAGAUCCACAGGGCCGGCAUGGUACCAAGUAGGAGCUGUCCGUCCAUCACCCACGGCCCUCGUUUGACCAGUGUACCCAGGACCCGACGUAGAGCUGUGCACAUCUCCAUCAUGGAAGGUUUGGAGUCCCUUCGAGACAGCGCCCACUCUACGCCUGUGCGCUCUGUCUCCCACGGUGACUCCUUCAUGUACUCCCGGCGCCAGCUGAUAGACGGCAGCGAGGCAAGCACAUCAGCAGUCAUCUCCGACGAGGCCUACAGCCCCUCAGACAGCAUGCUGCCCACACCUGUGGCUGAACACGGCGCAGAGAUGCCAUUGGCUCGUAACCUCAACGGAUCUACCUGCAGCAAGGACGAGGAGCAGGAGGCAAAGGCGGGAGUAUCAAAGAAAGAGCAGGCGGCAGAGUUCGGGCCUGGCAGGAGAGCGUUGCGAAUGGUCAGGAGCAGGCCGUCACCACCCAGCGACGUCGAGGAGCUGAACAAAUUUGUCCUGAGCGUGUUACGUCUAUUUCUGGUCACCAUAGGAUUGCUGUUCGCUCUGCUGCUGCUCCUCAUCAUGCUGACUGAGUCCGACCUGGACAUAGCCUUCCUGAGAGACAUCCGCAAGACACCUGAAUUCCAGCAGUUCCACUUUGAAUACUUCUGCCCUCUGCGGCGCUGGUUCGCCUGUAAGUUACGUUGGAUGGGAGGUUUCCUUGUCAGCCAGUGAGGCGAACUGAAGGAUGCAGAGACUGAAUGACACAACACAGGCCUCCACUGAGAUGGGACACGUACCACAGACUGACAGAGGCCGGUCAGGAGAGACGGUGAGAGGAGGGAAAAGGACAAAUGUGGCAGCCCUGUUCCCAACAUGGACUCAGCUUUUACCCAGGAAGGAGUUCCUGUCACAGAGCCAUGGACUGUCCCUUGACUAGCCUUGUUCGACCAUCACUGCGAGGAAAGUAAAUCAUAUUUUUGGGAAAUUAUUUAUUCUUAUCAUUUUUACACAAAGUCACAGCAACAGGGUUUAAUUUAAACACUGAAAGGGACAAGCAAAUCUGACAGACUUCACCUAAUCAACCACCGAUAACAGUUGCCUUUAUUUUUGUAUAAUUUAUGUGUUGUGACAUUAUUGUUAGGCAGAAUUUGAUGUGUUGGGGUGUGCAUUUUGUUGAGCUGCACGUUUUGUUGUCUUUAAAGUUUUGAGAGAAGGCGAUGGGACGAGGGUGCAGUCUAGCUCGUUUCGUCACAUCAUUUCAAAGCCAACAACAACAUUUGUGAUGAUUAAAUGUUGUUAUAGUCACUUCUAAGACUAAUAACUGCCGUUUGGAGUUGUAACAGGAACCUGGGUUGUAUGUGUGUGUGUGUGUGUUUGGGGGGAUGUUAAAGAAAGUGUGAGCAAAUCUGAGCAGCACUUAGCGAAUGUAGAUCGAGUAAAAUAAUAUUUGCUGAUAUUAUAUUUUUUUCCAUAUAAUUUUUAGACAGAUGUGUGGAAUCUGCUGUGUAGAACAAAGAUAAUUUAACAUAUUUCAAAGUAAUUGACAACUUUCCUGAAUUCUUCUGAUGUGGUAAACAACCACACUUCUGCCAUAUGAAAUUUAGUUGCAGUAGCUAUUUGGCCCUGGAGAGAUUUCGGUGCUUCCCAUAGACUGAAUAUAAAGAUGGAUGAUGUGUCUCCAUUUCUUCCUGUUGUGAAAAAAAGGAAGCCAAAAUAUCUUGGAUACGGUUGCUGCCAUCUUGCACUUUUGGCAUAAUUUGGACCCAGAGUCUGCGGCGUAACUAUUGUGGUGUGGAGCUGUGGUAUCAAUGUCCAGCUAAUACACAUGCCCGACUAAUCACGAGUAAGUCUCAGCUGUCAGUCAUGAUGUUUCCCCUGUUUUAAUUCCAUCAAAUAACUGACACUUUUUUCUUAAAAAAUGACAGUUGAGGAUAAGCAUGGCUUUUGCAAAUUUGAAGUUUAAAUUUAACAUAUUAGGAGACAUGUUAAACAUGUUAAGAGUUUAAACGAUACCUAACAUGAAUAUACAAGUAUAAAUAAGUACAAAACACAGAUGUGGUCAGGCAGAAAAAUGCUGCCAAAGGCACAUUUUAUUUCUAAUGUACCCCAUGCGUCGCCAGGUGCUUCCUUCCUUUACACAAAAUUCGCUGCAUGUCCCACUGUCGGAAUCCUUUUGCGUCACCGUUUAGCUUUAGGCAUUUUGUUGUUGUGUCGACUCAAGUUUGAGGUUACUACUAGCUAACUGUAAGCUAACAUUACUUGCUGCCAGAGCCAUGUAAGAGUGUGUUGCCACCAGAGUUAAGUGUAAUGACAACUUGCACGUUGCCUGUAAGCAGGGCAACUAUUUCAGUACUAAGCUCAGGCACCGAAAUCGGUGGUAGGUACCGACCAAGUAGAGAAUGGUGGCAUUUCAGUACCCAACCCUAAUUUAAACUAAACUUACAGGGGGAAAUGAGCAGUUGAACACACUACAGUAUGAUAAGAUCGACCUAAAAUCAUAUUGACGCGUACUUUGACUUUUUACUUUAGUCCAUGUCCCAUCCACUAACAUGGACGAGGUGGGGUUCAUGGCAUGUACUGCAGCCAGCCACUAGGGGGCUAUCAAGAGGAUUUGGCUUCACGUUUGGCAGCUGUCAUGUCGUCCAUCUUUGUAUACAGUCUACGAUGCUGCCCUGUUAGAAGCCUCGUAUCAUUUUUUGAAAUAAAAAUCGUGGCUUAAUUUGUGAGACAUGUGUUAACAGUUUGCUCACGUUAAGACUUAAUUUUGUUCAGAUCACCAAUACACUGUCAUUGUCCAACAAUCAUUAAAUAAGUCUUUGUAAGUAUAGAAGUAACAGAAAUGGUAGGUUUCCUGAUUUUAUUAAGUAGCAGCCAAAUAAUGAUAAUAACUACAAUCAAACGUGUGUUUAAGGAGCAGUUGUCACUUUGCCGUAGUUACUUUUACAGUAGUUGUAAAAGGGAUGGAACUAUGUGAGCUAGCACUGUAGUGAUAGUGAAGUGUUUGGUUAGCUCUAUGAUUCCGUAGAAGGAGUUAAUCUUGAUGUGCUGUACUGUUAAUAUGAAAUCUUUUUCCAUUAUGGUUAAUCUGACCUUGUUUGACCUUUGUAACUGCUCAGAUUACAACUAUUUUACCACAGUAGAGAGUUAAGAGCCAAUUGUACUAGUUUUAAUUAUUUUUUAAUUCAAGACCCAUGUUCCAUUUGAGUUUAGUCUGAUGUGUUUAAAUGUAUACAGUCCUCUGCAAAGACAGAAUUUAUUUAAAUCAUGUUUUUGUACAAACUAAUGUCUGGUUAGCACAGACUUCCUCACAGUGACAUUUAAUGGACUUUGAAGAGUUAUUUUUCAAGUGUGGAUAUACGGUUUUCAGCCCUGCACCCGCCUAACAAGAGAGCCUAAGAUAAGUCAUGUUUACUUCAAUCUUCAUCGUCGUACCUACCAAAGAAACCUCUGUUGUCUGUUUGUGUCAACAGAUGGGAACUCUGAUAGUCUGCCGUGCUUCUCCAGCCUUAUUCUGUUGCUUCACAUGUUAGCCUACAGCCCAGAGCGACCAACAGCAUACUGGAAAACCACAAGUCAGUUUGUGACCGUUAACUUCAACAAACCUGUGGCUGCUUCAUCAGGAUAUACAGUGUGUAGGUAUAUGUAUGUGUCGGUGGUAAUUCAGAUUACCAAGAAUAUGGAUUUAUUACUCAUGCAACAUGAGGAGAGGUUUUGGGUUGUGAUUGGCUGCAGGGUUCAGUACGUCCAGGGGUGGUUUUGGAAAGUUACAGUAAUAAUAUUCUAAUCUAAAAAACCUCCACAGGCUAAACGUUAUAUGAAAACAAUACUAUGAGAAAGUCUGUGUGUUAUUAUUAAACGUUAUUUUUGUACAGUACUGAAAUCUUCUAAUUCAGCAAUGAUGAAAUGAGCAGAAAUAUUAAAAAUUAUUUUUCUCUAUUUCUUUUCCUUUUUGGUGCAGAGUUGGAUGUGGGUAAUAGGAAUUAUUGACCGAUAUAUUUAUAUUUAAUAGAAAACCAUAUUUUGCAGGUGAUUGUCAAACUUCCUGAUGUAUUUGCUCUUAUUUAAGAUGGUGCUCUGUGGUUUUUAAUUUAAGUGAAAGAACUUUAAUUUGAAAGUCUCAUUUUAUGUCCAUGUGUAUGAGAAUAAUACAGCAUAAUUUGAGCAAUAAAUGAAAUAAUAAAUGAGAGAUAAUGUAAUAAUGAAAACCAAUAAUAAUGAAUUGCAAACCACUGUUUGUCUCUGUCUGCCGGACGUGAAAAAUGUCUUGAAUCUUGUUGAGAAGCUGGAACAGCCUGUAAAUGUAUGUGUGAAGGGAACAAUGUUGGGUGAUGCUCUGUGGUGCACAGAUAUUUUUCUGCAAAGUAUCAAUUGUUCUAAAAAGAAACUUUUCAUGUAAAUCCUGUUUGGUCAUUGCCUAAUCCUAGAUCUGCCCUCUUUAGACUUGUUUUAUAGAAACAGAUGAAUUGUGUGAAAAUACAUGUAAAUGAACUCAACACAUGACAGUAAAUCACUUUCACAUGAUUCCAAUCAGGUUUCGCCAGUGAAAGCAAAGCGGUUUGUAUUUUUAGCCAUUUCAAAAACAGCAUAAGUAGCAUACUCAACUACCUGACUCUUUCUUUGUGCAAUGUAGUUUUAUCUUUUUGUAUUGCUUUGACUGUUUCAGAUCCCCUGAACCACACAUUUAAAAAAGGGUGAGAGCUCGGAUGGCAGGCAACUUUGGUUGCUUGUAGCUUUACCGAAUAAUGUGAACAGGAAUAAUGUCUCAGAUGUGGUCUUACUGUCAGACUGCUCCCUGUACCAUGGUCCCACACAUGGAAAUGUCUCUGUAAGCAUGUGGUCUGCAUUUAUUACCUCCAACAAGGCUGCUUCUUUCCACCACUGACUGAAUACUGGUGUCCUCGAUUUAUGAAUAAAUAUAAUCUAUUCUUGACAUCCA